UGGGGGCCGGAAUAAACCGGGCCGGCACGAGACCGCCGGUGGCAGUAAAGGGCAGGGCAGCGGCCAGGACUCACCCCCCUCCCCACACACACACCCACACCCGCGGAGACGCCCCGGCACAUCGUUUGCCAAGAUCGACGGCUCGGCUGGCCUCCCUGCUUGGGAUUCGGGAGCCGCACUUGGAGAGCGCCUCGGCUCUCGGUUUCUAGGGAAUAACCUUGAGGAAGAAAACUCGCGCGCUUUUUUUUUUUCUUUUUGGCCCCGACCAAUCCACAGCUGUUGCCAAAAUGCUCCUGUUGUUGUUGGGAAUCAUUGUCCUCCAUGUUUCAGUUCUCGUCCUUCUCUUCGUUUCUACAAUUGUCAGCCAAUGGCUUGUUGGGAAUGGACACCUGGCAGACCUUUGGCAGAACUGCACCGUCGGAGCAUCCCCAAGUUUGUUUCACUGCUCAACAUCAUCUACAAAUGAAUGGCUGCAGUCUGUCCAGGCUCUGAUGGUUCUUUCCAUCGUCUUCAGUGUGAUGUCUCUGUUCCUGUUCUUCUGCCAGCUCUUCACUCUCACCAAGGGUGGACGUUUUUACCUUACUGGCUUCUUUCAGGUCCUUGCUGGCCUUUGUGUGAUGAGUGGCGCCGCUAUCUUCACAGUGAGACAUACAGACUGGCAUCUCCCCUCUGACAAUGUCUCCUUUGGCUUCACAUACAUCCUGGCCUGGGUGGCUUUCCCACUAGCCAUCAUUAGUGGGGUGAUCUACAUCAUCUUGAGGAAGCGCGAAUGAAGUAUCAAGUUGAGGCCACUGAAACCAGAGCACUUGGGACAAGGAGAGGGGGCAUCAAUAAGAUUAAAAAUGGAAGGGGGAAAAAAAAGGAAGUUAACAAAAAAACAACAACACACAAUCACACACACACACCCAAAACCCAACAAGAAAGGAAGGAACAAAACCAAACUGAGAGAAGGGUUUCUGUGUUUAUUGAAGAUGUAUAUAGUAUCUAUGGUUUAAGAAAACCUAUUUAUAACACUUUUUACAUAUAUGUACAUAGUACUGUUUGCUUUUGUUUGUUGACCUGCCGCCAUGUUUAAAGCCUAAAGGAAGUGCCUAAGAAUUCUUAACUUGUAACAUUAUAAUUAGGGUGCCGAAUUUUUCUUUCUCUUGCUGUGGAAGCGAAUGGAUCCCUCCUCCAAAGCUUUCCACUUCAAAUCCCAAACCAAAUGCAAACCCAGAACCACAGGUUGGGUCCCCAGAAUAGUUAUAGUGUGCCUAUUAUGCACUGAUAUUAGCCAAAUAAUAGAUAGAAAUGUUGUGUAGGAAGGGGAAGAUCAUCUACCAGAAUGUAAAGUUGAUAACCAAGGUAUGGGUGGGUGAACUGAGUGCCUGGAUCUUUUGGGAUCAGGAUGUGGUGGGGUACGUGAAGUGUCUUCCCACCUACUCAUUCUGAAACUGUGUAAUUAGGCUGCUCACCUCCCUAUGCCGUCCCCAUUGAUUGCCCUCUAAGUUGCUUUGAAGGGAAGGGUACAACUGUCAUCAUUUGACAACCCUCAGUCUAUCUCAGAGGGGAAUAUUUGCAGUUAGAGCUCAACUUCUUCAGGCUGAGCAAACUAAUCCAGUGCCUUUCUGCAUGUUUUUAUGAUGGCAAGGCAUCCACUGAAGCUAUAUUAGAAGACAGGAGCAUCCCAGUGGGAUGAGAAAUAAAAAUAAUGCAUGACCAGUUGAUUCCUAUAAGUAGGUUAAAGCUUAUACUCCAGCCCUGCCUGAUGGAGGUGGCCCAAGGAGACCAUGAUCUUCAUAAAAGGGGUUUCCUCCCUUUCCUUAGGAAUAGGCUAAAGUGGUGAAGAAUGAAUGAACGUUUCAAAGCUCCAGACCUUCUAAGCUCUCCCUUCCCUCCCUCUCCUCCUGAAUUCCUCUAGGAAAUUGAAUACCAAAUCUGUGAAAUGGUGCUAUCUACUUACCAUUCCUUAUAUUGCUAAGCCAUUUAACCUUUACUCACUGGAAAUUCAGAUAACAAUUUUGAGAUAAAUCAUGGGAUAGGAAUGAUAAAUAAUUCUCUGUCAUAGAUACUGCCUAUAACUGCUUUUGUACUUAGAAAAGCUGCUAUCAUCAUCAUUAUUAUUACUCUUAUUUUUUUAAAUAAAGCAUUUAUAACCAAAGGCCCUCCCGCUUCAUGGACAAGAAGAGGGAAGUCAGCAAGCCUUCUAGCCCACCCCCACCCCGCCCACCCCUGGUAGGAAUCCUGUCCCCCACAAGGUCCUCUGUAAUCCUUUUCUGUGCUUCCCAAUGUGCGUCUGGCAAUGAAAUGUACUGGCAGCCGUAUGUAGAUGUGUCAGCGGUGCCUUCUGAUGCUAAGACUCCAGACAUUAUUAUACAAUUAUUUUUGCUUUGCUUUUCUGAUUUUAUACCAACUGUGUGGACUAAGAAGCAACAAAAUAAAAGAAUAACUCAAAUGCU